AUGUCGAGAUUUGCUUUCAGAACACAACUUUUCGCAACAGUCUGUUCACAAUCCCCCAGAAGCUUUCAUCGUACAUUGCAUACUACUACUAAGAUGUCUUCAGACUCCGGGCACAUCAACUUUCCCGGCAAAACCUCUGCCACCCCAGGAGAAGAGUUUGAAGUCCGCCAGACCUCGACCACUGAGGAUUACCACCCCAACCCAUCCAAGUCAAUUCCCCUCUCUCCAGCGCGUCAGCGCUUGAUUGACGACAUCAUCGCGCUGUACUCAAUGGAGCCCACAGUCGAGCGCGUGAAGCGGUACACCGCUGACUGCGUCUACGACGACCAGUUUGUCUACGCCAACGACCGGUACAAGAUGGCAGGGCAGUGGUUCGCCUUGCCUAAGCUCUUCAAGGCGAGCGUGAACGAAGGGUACGAGAUUGUGAAGAAUGACCGAGACCUAAUUCAGUUCAGGAACGAGCAAAGCUGGACUUUUAAGCUCAUCCCAAAGACUGCGACGAUCAAUGCGCUUGUUAGUCUUAGCCUGGAUCCUGGCACCGUCGACAGCGACUUCAUUCAGGUCAAGUACCACAAGGACCAGGCCAAUGACAAGGACUACAGCCAUGAGGGCGUUGGGUUCUCGUUCAAGAAGUGGCAAGCGGACAACGUCAUCAAGGUCAUGGACAGUAAAGAGGUUGAAGCUUUCGCUGCGGAUAAGGAUGCUAGCAAGAACAAGGUAAAGAAGUAUGGCACUGGCAAGACUGAAGGGGAUGCACCUAUAAAAGAUCUCUGA